AUGGAACGUGGACUCUGGUUGGGCUCAAUUCUACUGGUAACGGAUGCACCCCAGCCGCCAACCAUCCACAUUCAUCAGAGCGUGGACUUGUCUCCAAAUCCGAGACAACUCAAAGGACUGCCAAUUUCAACGCACCAGCGGUGGACUUUCUACAAAUAUAGCAUUGAUCUGACCAUGGAAGAGUACCCUGCCAAGUGGACAUAUGCGAUCACCUCGCACCUAGGAUGCACAAGAUAUGAAUUCCUCGUCGCAGGUCGUAAUGAAACCAACUGGCGUUUUAUUGCAACAUCUGGAAACGACUUCUCCCUUAGUGUGAGUGCCAAUGAGAGAGCCCGCCUUGGUGGUGCUGGAUACAUGUGGAAAGAUAUCAUGCAGAAACAUACGGAAUGCGGAGGCUUCCAUGUCCACCUUGGACUUGGAAGCCAGAUCAAUGCCGAUCGGAUUUGGAAAGAGAUCCCAUCGCUCAAACAAUGGCUUACCAUUAGCGGCAAGGAGCAGAGGAAAAGCGCAGUGUGGACCGCCGCCCAUGAGGAGGAUGUUACACAUGCGUAUUUCCACUACUAUACAAGCCACUUUGAUCAACCGCACAUGCGCGAAGCAUUUGCUCAGAUUCCUCAUGUAUUACAAGUUGAUGAUCACGAUAUUUUCGACGGGUUCGGUUCAUAUCCGGACCACAUGCAGUUCUCGAAUAUGUUCAAGAACAUUGGCAGAAUCGGCAUCGAGAUGUAUCUUCUUUUCCAGCACCAUACAACUUUAGAGAUUUUGCGCCAUGUGAGCAACGAUAUGGACCUUUUUACUAUAACUGGAACAGGGUGGCAUUUCGUUAAAUUCCUUGGCCCUGCCAUCGCUGUGGUAGGGCCUGAUUGCCGUUCGGAAAGAAACCCCCAUCAAGUCAUGGCAGGGCCUACCUAUCAGGGUCUCUUCCCCAAAGUUGUAACGCUACCUCCCAGCGUGCAACAUUGCAUCUGGAUGAUCUCCGUACCACCUAUAUACCCACGGUUAGAGUCAACGGAGCACCUCGCGCAGACGAUAGCUACCGGAAAAAAAGCUGUUACUGGAGCUUACAAUGUCCUCGGUAAAGUGACCAGCUCCGUUGCUGGUGUUGUGGGUGCUAAGAACGCAGUGGGAUCUGGGUUCAACUCUGUAAAAAGAGCUGUUGGUAAGUCCGGACUAAUGGGUAGCGUUUUGAGUCCGUUUGGUGAAAUUGAAAUCCUCGAUGAACUGCGGGAUCAGUGGACUCAUGACUCGAAGGAUCUUGAACGAACCUAUCUCAUCCGCACCCUCCAAGGAAUUGCCCACCAAAAGAGCAUCCGAAUGACUUUCCUCUCAGGCGUUGUCAACUGCUGCGGCGCUGGCCUCGUCCACGACCCCUCGCACCCAACUGACCACAAAACCAUAUACCAAAUCAUCUCCUCCUCCGUCGUCAACACGCCCCCACCAUCCUAUGUCAUGAAACUCCUCCACGGCGGUAAUAAGGCGCUCUACAUUCCCGCAAACGGCCAACGAGCCACCCCUGGCACCGUCACAGAUACGAAGGAAGACAUGAUGGAGAUCUUCCAGACCGCGUUAUAG